UAUCUUCAUUUCUUCAUAUUCUGGUUCCUCGAAAUGGAUGAAAUGGCACUGCGGAAAUUACUUGAAUCAGAUUGGUACUCUCCCAGACGGCUCCUGAGCAGUCCCACCGAAUAUGAUUUUCCGGGUGAUCGGUUUAUACCCAAUCGGAGUUUGAUGGAUCUUGAUCAGGCCCAUAGUUUGUUGACUAACAGAACUCGAGAAUUUCACAAUCCGAAAUUUAAUGAAGUAUACAGAGACAAAUUAGCGGAAAAACUGACAUUGGAUUCAGAAGGGAGACCAUUUAGGAUGUUAGUUUUUAGGGGAAGCCCUAAAUCUAGCAGAAAGUCCCUUCUUCAUAUUGAUGAAAUGCGACGAGAUGAUGCAGAAGAACUAGAUUUCGGCAGCAAGCAAAAUCGGUUUCGAUCCUUGCCCAAGGGAGCAGCUAGGAUUUUGGAUGCACCGAGGCUUAGAAAUGAUUAUUAUUUAAACAUCAUAGAUUGGGGACAAAACAAUGUUCUUGCUGUGGCUCUGGGUCCAGAAAUAUACCUGUGGAAUCCAGAGAAUGGAGAUACAAAGAAACUGUUUGAUGUUCAUGAUGAUGAAAAUAAUUAUCCUACAAGCUUGGCCUGGUCUGAUGAUUCCAGAAUCAUUACAGUAGGAUACAUGCGCUCUAAACUUCAGCUAUGGGAUGCUGAAACUUCAAAACUUGUCAGAAACCUGGAGGCUCAUAAUGGAAGAACAGCAGCCAUUUCAUGGAAAGACCACAUCUUAACAUCAGGAGGCCAGGACAAAAAGAUUAUUAAUCAUGAUGUUAGAGCGGGUAACAAUUUGGCUUCCCACAUUCGAGCACACACUCAAGAAGUGUGUGGUUUAAAAUGGUCAAAAGAAGGCAAAUUACUGGCAAGUGGUGGCAAUGACAAUCUGGUAUAUGUAUGGGAAGCUGCAAAAAUGAAAUCAACAAACUUCUUGUUCCGAUUUAAUGACCAUUGCGCUGCAGUCAAGGCUCUUGCGUGGUGCCCAUAUCAGUUUAGCGUACUUGCCUCCGGAGGAGGCUCCCAAGAUGGAUGCAUUAAGAUAUGGAACACACAAAACGGAAGAUGCAUCUCCAGCGUAGACACUAAAGCACAGAUUUGUGGAUUGGAGUGGAACAGGCAUCAUAAGGAAAUACUGAGUGGGCAUGGAUACAGUUUGAAUGAGCAUAACAACAAGCUAUGUUUAUGGAGAUACCCUUCCAUGAGUAAAGUAGGACAGUUAGGAUCUCAUGAAGCCAGAGUAAUAAACCUUUGCCAGAGCCCUGAUGGACAAACUGUAGUAUCGGCUGGGGGCGAUGAGACUCUUAGGUUCUGGGAAGCUUUCGGACCUCCUCCGCGUGAAAAUUCGAGGAUGUCAGAUCUUGAAGCUUUUCUGUCUCUAAAGACAUCUGCCAUAAGAUAAUGAUAACUGUAACAAUUGUUUUCUUUUACUACA